AUGUCGUUUCUGCAGACUGGGCACACACCUCAGAUGCAAAGUCACUGCAAAUGGAGAUGGAGCAACAUUGUCCAGGUGGAUUUGCUCGAAACCCGUGUUGUCAGGCUUCACACUGACAACCAUGUCCUGAGCAGCAUUUUGAAAGGCGAGCCCGAGCUUUACAUAUUGACACCGAAGGGGUGGCAUAGGGCGGAGCAGCAUCUAGCGUUGCCACCUUUGCCGCAGGGCUUUGCUGACAGCUUGAUCGAAAGUCCUUUUGACAACUGUGCUGUGCAGGGAGAUCUCCGCAUGAAGAUGCAGGAGCAGGAGACUCAGCACGGUGGGUGUUUUCCGCACACAUCGAAUCGGCCAAGCCUCGACCACCAGCGCCCUCAGCGAGUGGCUUCCACGUUCAAGUCGCACGGCGCAGAGGUCAACGAUGCGGUUGGCCUUCCGCUGUCAUUGCUUCAGGCUGUUGGGCAGCAGCUAGACAGCUUGUCUGCGGCAAGUGAACCUCGAGCAUCAGUUUACAGGUAG